AUGCGCGGAGCUCCUGCCCUGCCAAGGACAAAGAGGUGCCGUCAAUGCGGAAAAUGUGGCCACUACGAGCGAGUGCACCGGUCUCGCCAUAACCAGCAGUCCGUGUCUGCAACCGAGGUGUCCGACACUUACACAGAUGACAGAGCGCAUCUCAACACAGAAGCUCUGUUCGUGGGCGACGUCAAGUCCAGCCAACGGUCGUGGAGAGUCGGAGUGCUGCUACAGGGCACCUGCGUAGACUUCAAGAUUGAUACGGGAGCAGAUGUCUCCGUUAUGUCAGACGCCCUGUACCACCAGCUCCAGAAUCCUCCAGUGCUCAAGCCGUGCACCAAACGGCUGAUCAGCACCGCCAACACACCGCUCCACACCGUUGGCCUGUUCACAGCGUCUGUGACGUACCCGCCAUCAGGUGCCAGCGCCGUUAUCACUGUGUGCGUCGUACAAGGGCUCCGUCACGCAUUGCUUAGCUGCAGCGACUCACUUUCGCUGGGUCUUAUCAAUCCCCUCUUCUCUAAUGACGGCGUUCCUCCAGACGUAAAGCUGUCUUCCGAUGUGCCAAACGAUGGGCCAAAUGCCAUGCAGAGCGCGGCAGUUAUCCCUUCCGGCUCUGAACCUGUUCCAGUAGCACCCUCUGCAGCUGACCGGAUUCCGGAAGCCGUGCUCGCCGACUUUCCGUCCCUGUUUUCCGGCUUAGGCAGCCUCAAGGAGCCCUACUCGAUUCCUCUCACCGACGGUGUCAAACCGUUCUGCCCCUACACAGCCCGCAACGUGGCGCUGCCAAUUCGCCCACAGGUAGAAGCUGAGCUGCAACGCAUGGAGGACUUGGGCGUCAUCCGGCGUGUCCUCGAGCCAACAGACUGGUGUGCCGCAAUGGUCGCCGUACCGAAGGCUACAGGUGCGGUCCGCAUAUGCGAAGACCUGAAACCGCUCAACGAUGCUGUACGUCGUUCGCAUCACCAGCUCCCUACAGUCGACGAGACACUCGGUCAGAUCGGCGAUUCCACAGUCUUCACCAAGCUCGAUGCUAACAGUGGAUUCUGGCAAAUUCCACUCGACGAGGCGUCCCGGCUUCUGACUACCUUUAUCACACCUCAGGGUCGAUUUUGUUACACCAAGCUUCCAUUCGGCAUAUCGUCAGCACCGGAAAUCUUUCAGCAGCGGAUGUCCGCCAUCCUACAGGGUUUGGAGGGUGUCGUUUGUCAAAUGGACGACAUUCUGGUACACGGCCGCACUCAGGAGGAACACGAUCACCGCUUACGUGCCGUUCUCACGCGCCUGGUCCUAGCGGGUCUCACGCUGAACCCCGCUAAAUACCAAUUCUCAGCCCCGAAUCUCACGUUUUUCGGGGUACACCUCACUCCCGACGGCGUCAGACCUGAUGACGGCAAGACUGAAGCUAUCCGGGUCUUCAGAACCCCGCAGUAA